AUGAAAGGCAUCAAACUGUCGAUAAGCAAAAACAGCAUCAAAGAACAUAUCAAGAGAAGUUCGGACAAAAUCAAGCAAAUUAUCAAAGAAGAAACCAAAAAUAAAACGGUGUCGCUAAUGAUUGAUAUUGCAUCACGAUAUAAUCGAUCGGUACUCGGUGUCAGCAUUUCGUACGUACACAAUGGGAAAAUUUGUAUUCGUACGAUUGGGCUACGUGUGUUGAAGGCUUCCCACACAGCGGUGUACAUCAAAGACAUACUCAUACAGAUUCUUCAGGAAUAUGGAAUUCGUUUAGCACAAGUCGUAUCAGUUACAUCGGAUAACGGAAAGAAUAUGGUGAAAGCAAUUACAAUUUUGGACGCAAUUUAUCAAGCUCAAAAAUCGGAGUCGAAUCGAAAGCAAUCAGAUGAUUUUGCAGAGUAUGAUGACGAAUAUUACAUCGAUCCAGAUAUUUUUGAUGAUGAGUACUAUGAUGAUUUAUUAACAGAACUCGAACGUCUGAUGAAACUAAAGCCUUUUUGUGAUACGUACGAACUUUUGUCUGAAGCCGAAUGGAAUACAGUUCAAAACAUUAUUGCUAUUUUGGCUCCAUUUAACAAGUAUAGCAAAAAAGUGCAAUCGGAAACAGCCACGCUGUCAGAUUUUUUUGGAUAUUGGACAAUGCUUCGUAUAAAAGUGUCCAAAGCAAAUGAUGAACUCUCCAAGAAUUUGUUGACUCAAAUGGACAAAUAUCACCACUUACUGAUGAAAAAUCCCACUCUCAUUGCAGCGGUCUAUCUCGAUCCGAGAUUCCAAAGAGGUGUUGGUGAAAACAAAGACUUGGCUGUAGUGUUUCUUGCCAAUUUAUAUGCAAAGAUAAUCGAAGUUGAAGCCUAUCAAGAUGAGUCGAAUACAGUUGAAACCAUUGAAGAGAAAAAUAAUGAAGAUGGGUCGUACGAGGAAUUGGACCAAUACUUGGAUGCUUGCAAUUCAGCUUAUGGUGUAAAUCGUACGAGUGAAUCGAGUACACCUAACGAAAAGGAAAAAAUUACUACCAUUCUGAAUGAUUUUUUUGGCAAAGUACAACUUCCCCUUACAGCGUCUGUGUUGGACUUUUGGAAUGAAAAGAAAGACACAUACCCAGAAUUAUACAAACUAGCUUCGGUUAUAAUGGCCAUGCCACCGACACAAACCAUUGUAGAACGUAUUUUUUCGGCAUUAGCAUUGGUGCUUACUUCACAUCGUACGAGAAUUGGAGACGAAACGUUGGAAGAUAUUCUCGUCGUUCGCUUAAAUAAUAAUUUACUUGCCAAGAGCCAUACUGAAGAAGAAGCAAUUAUGAGACCAGAUGACUUACAUUUCGAACAAACCGAAUAG